ACACCUCCCGGAGCCGCCGCCGCGCUCGCCGCCCGCGCUUCGCAGUCUGCCCGCAGUCGCCGCGCCUUCCAUGGGGGUCGCGGGCCUUGGCUGCCCCUGGGCGGCCCGGGAGCUGCUGCCGCUGCUGCUACCGCUGCUGCUGACGGCGGCCGUCCCGCCCGGUUGGGGCCGCGCCGCGGGGCCGCCAGAGGAUGUGGACGAGUGUGCCCAGGGGCUAGAUGACUGCCACACCAAUGCCCUGUGUCAGAACACACCCACCUCCUAUAAGUGCUCCUGCAGGCCUGGCUACCAAGGGGAGGGCAGGCAGUGUGAGGAUAUUGAUGAAUGUGAAAAUGAACUCAAUGGAGGCUGUGUCCAUGACUGUUUGAACAUUCCUGGCAAUUAUCGCUGCACUUGUUUUGAUGGCUUCAUGUUGGCUCAUGAUGGUCAUAAUUGUCUUGAUGUGGACGAGUGCCUGGAGAACAAUGGCGGCUGCCAGCACACCUGUGUCAACGUCAUGGGAAGCUACGAGUGCCGCUGCAAGGAGGGGUUUUUCCUGAGUGACAAUCAGCACACGUGCAUUCACCGCUCAGAAGAGGGUCUGAGCUGCAUGAAUAAGGAUCACGGCUGUAGUCAUAUCUGCAAGGAGGCCCCGAGGGGCAGCGUUGCCUGCGAGUGCAGGCCUGGUUUUGAGCUGGCCAAGAACCAGAGAGACUGCACCUUGACCUGUAACCAUGGAAAUGGCGGAUGCCAUCACUCCUGUGAGGACACUGCUGCAGGCCCAGAGUGUAGCUGCCAUCCCCAGUACAAGAUGCACACGGAUGGAAGGAGCUGCCUUGAGCGAGAGGACACUGCCCUGGAGGUGAUGGAGAGCAAUGCCACAUCCGUGGCAGAUGGGGAUAAACGGGUGAAACGGCGGCUGCUCAUGGAAACGUGUGCUGUCAACAAUGGAGGCUGUGAUCGCACCUGUAAGGAUACUUCGACAGGUGUUCAUUGCAGUUGUCCCGUCGGAUUCAGUCUCCAGUUGGAUGGGAAGACCUGUAAAGAUAUUGAUGAGUGCCAGACGCGCAAUGGAGGUUGCGAUCAUUUCUGCAAAAACACCGUGGGCAGUUUUGACUGCAGCUGCAAAAAGGGAUUUAAAUUAUUAACAGAUGAGAAGUCUUGCCAAGAUGUGGAUGAAUGCUCUUUGGAUAGGACCUGUGACCACAGCUGCAUCAACCACCCUGGCACGUUUGCAUGUGCUUGCAACAAAGGGUACACCCUCUAUGGCUUAACCCACUGUGGAGACACGAAUGAGUGCAGCGUCAACAACGGAGGCUGUCAGCAGGUCUGCGUGAACACCGUGGGCAGCUACGAAUGCCGGUGCCACUCUGCGCACAAGCUCCACUGGAAUAAAAAAGACUGUGUGGAAGUGGAGGGGGUCCUGCCCACUAGCGUAUCACCCCACGUGUCCCUGCAGUGUGGUAAGAGUGGUGGAGGAGACGCGUGCUUCCUCAGAUGUCUCUCUGGCAUUCACCUCUCUUCAGGACUGCAAGAGGCCUAUUCUGUCACCUGCGGCUCUUCCUCUCCUCUCAGGAGCAAACAGCAAAAAUCAAAUGACUCUGCUUUCGGGGAUGUCGCCACCGUCAGGACAAGUGUAACCUUUAAGCUAAAUGAAGGCAAGUGUAGUUUGAAAAAGGCUGAUCUGUUUCCCGAGGGUCUGCGACCAGUACUACCAGAGAAGCACAGCUCAGUAAAAGAGAGCUUCCGCUACGCAAACCUUACAUGCAGCUCUGGCAAGCAAGUCCCGGGAGCCCCCGGACGACCGAGCACCCCUAAGGAAAUGUUUAUCACUGUUGAGUUUGAGCUUGAAACUAACCAAAAGGAGGUGACAGCCUCUUGUGAUCCGAGUUGCAUCAUAAAGCGAACAGAGAAGCGGCUCCGGAAGGCCAUCCGCACGCUCCGGAAGGCUGCCCACAGGGAGCAGUUUCACCUCCAGCUCUCAGGCGUGGACCUCGAAGUGGCUAAAAAGUCUCCCCAAACAUCUGAACACUGGGCGGAGUCCUGUGGAGUGGGUCAGGGCCAUGUAGGAAACCAAUGUGGUCUGUGCCAACCUGGUGAAUAUUCCACGGAUGGCUUCGCACCCUGCCAGCUCUGCGCCCUGGGCACAUUCCAGCCUGAAGUUGGCCGUACUUCCUGCUUUCCCUGUGGAGGAGGCCUCCUCACCAAACACCUGGGAGCCACUUCCUUCCAGGACUGUGAAACCAGAGUUCAAUGUUCACCUGGACAUUUCUACAACACCACCACUCACCGAUGUAUUCGUUGCCCAGCAGGAACAUACCAGCCAGAAUUUGGAAAGAAUAAUUGUGUUUCCUGCCCAGGAAAUACCACGACUGACUUUGAUGGCUCCACAAACAUAACCCAGUGUAAAAACAGAAGAUGUGGAGGGGAGCUAGGUGAUUUCACUGGAUACAUCGAAUCCCCAAACUACCCAGGCAAUUACCCUGCCAACACAGAAUGUACCUGGACCAUCAACCCACCUCCCAAGCGCCGCAUCUUGAUUGUGGUCCCCGAGAUCUUCCUGCCCAUAGAGGAUGACUGUGGAGACUACCUGGUGAUGCGGAAAACUGCUUCGUCCAAUUCUGUGACAACGUAUGAAACCUGCCAGACCUACGAACGCCCCAUCGCCUUCACCUCCAGAUCCAAGAAGCUGUGGAUUCAGUUUAAGUCCAACGAAGGGAACAGCGCCAGAGGGUUCCAGGUCCCAUAUGUGACAUACGAUGAGGACUACCAGGAACUCAUCGAAGACAUAGUUCGAGAUGGCAGGCUCUACGCAUCAGAGAACCAUCAGGAAAUACUGAAGGAUAAGAAACUGAUCAAGGCUCUGUUUGACGUUCUGGCCCACCCCCAGAACUAUUUCAAGUACACAGCCCAGGAGUCCCGGGAAAUGUUUCCAAGAUCCUUCAUCCGAUUGCUCCGUUCCAAAGUGUCCAGGUUUCUGAGGCCUUACAAAUGAGGCUGCCCACGUGCCACUCAGCACAGCAUUGGGCUGUGGGCUGGUGGAACACAGCGAUCUGCUUCUGCAGCCAGCAUAGCCGGAUAACGCUGCCUCUAGUAGCAGUGGCUGGUUAGAGUUCAAUUUUUAUAGAUAAUACAGAUAUUUUGGUAAAUUGAACUUGGUUUUUCUUUCCCAGCACUGUGGAUGUGGACUGAGAACGGCUUUGAGUCUUACUCGCUUCUCACUGCUGUGGGCACAUGUCUUGGAUAUGUCAAGGGCUGGCUGAGCGGGACUUCAGUCAGCUCAGGUGAGAUGCACGUGUCCUUCUUGGUCCUCACUCCUCCUUGAGGGG